CCAGUCAACCUUCUUUCUCCAUUCUCCUCUUUCUCUCUCUCAUUCUCUCCCCCUCUCUUUUUAGCUUUCUCUAAAAGUUAUCUGGUGAGGAAUGGAGAAGACGUUUGGAUGAUUUUGACUCAACCAUCAGCAUCCUCUGGGGAAGACAUCAGUCGUGGCGUAUAGCAUCUUCUCUUAUCACCGUGUCCAAUGGAUGCAUUGUUUGGUCUGCGUUUCAGGCGGAAAGCCUGUGAGCCAAGCGUCCCAAGACGCUCCAGCGUGUCACUUGCAGCGAGUAAAGCGCGCCGGCGCUCCAGCGUGGGCUUGCCGUCAGCUGUCCUGGCUCAGAGACGCAGGUCUAGUACUCAGCUCCAAACCAGCAACGUGCCGCCGGGAGUCAUACAACACAGAAGAGGACACUUCACCAGGAGGAGGUCGAGUGGUGCAACAGCCUGCCUGACCCCACGGUUCGCUAUCCGACGGAGACAGGCUGCCAAACACCGUAGCAUUCACGCCCAGCUCCUGGGCCCAUCACUGCUCUUGGCUAGCGUGGUGCAAAUGAGUGAAGAAACUGAGAAUAAGAGUGCAGAAGAGUACUCCUCUCUCUCUGAUAGUGACUGUAGCCAGGAGGAGCACAAGCAAGCAGUGAUGGACUUAGAGUCAGAGUCUGAUGAGUGUAUGACGUGGUUGGCUCAGGGUUUGAUGCCGGGUGAAAGUAUUCAGCCUCGCCCCCUCAUCCGUGCCCCACGUUGCCUGCGCCGAAACUCCUCACAUCUACUUCCUGCUGAGGCCGUUUACCGGAGCCCAGCCUCUUAUGGGCUGUACGGCCGUUACCGUAGGACCAGUCAGGCACAGGGUCUGUUUAAUGUAGGUGGAUUGUGGGCAGGGAGGCGAAAUUCUCUUGCAGCGCGAGGAGCAGUUGCACUGUACAGGACGAGCUCCCCUUGCUGGACAGAUCUAGGUCUUUCACACACACUGCAGGAAACUUACUACAACCCACAGAUUGACACAUGGAGUGCGUUCCUCUCGAAGGCCAUUUCCAAGUCCGGUCUCCAGCACCUCUCAUGCCAGCCCAGUGCUGCACUGUUGGCCAAGGGGGAAACGGACCGAGAAAUCCGCAGCACAGUGGACUGGAGUGAAUCAGCUCUGUACGGAGAGCACAUCUGGUUCGAGACAAAUGUCUCUGGGGACUUCUGUUACGUCGGAGAACAACACUGUUAUGCCAAAUCCCUGCAAAAGUCUGUUGCUCGGAAAAAGUGUGCUGCUUGCAAGAUCGUAGUUCACUCCAUCUGCAUUGAACAGCUGGAAAAGUUAUUGGACUGGAAAGCUCCGCCUAAAGGGGAGGGGCUUGAUGAGGUGCCCCUCAAAGACCCAUCAUUCAGAAUAAACUUCAGAUGUAAACCAUCUUUCAGGGAGUCCGGUUCACGGAACAUCCGUGAACCAGCAAUAGUGCGACACCACUGGGUCCAUCGAAGAAGACAAGAGGGCAAAUGCAAACAGUGUGGGAAGGGAUUUCAGCAGAAAUUUGCCUUUCACAGUAAAGAGAUUGUAGCCAUUAGCUGCUCCUGGUGCAAACAAGCAUAUCAUAAUAAAGUGACAUGCUUUAUGCUGCAGCAGAUAGAAGAACCGUGUUCAUUAGGAGCACAUGCUGCCGUUAUAGUACCUCCUACCUGGAUCAUACGGGUUCGCCGACCUCAGUCCUCAUUAAAGUCAAGCAAAAAGAAGAAACGAACCUCUUUCAAACGCAAAUCCAGCAAGAAAGGAGCAGAGGAGGCUCGAUGGAAGCCCUUCAUUGUGAGACCUAUUCCCUCACAACUCAUGAAGCCCCUGCUGGUGUUUGUAAACCCAAAGAGCGGAGGAAACCAGGGAGCUAAAAUGAUCCAGUCCUUUCUGUGGUAUCUGAACCCUCGGCAGGUUUUUGAUCUCAGUCAGGGGGGUCCUCAGGAAGGCUUGGAGAUGUAUCGCAAAGUUCACAACUUGAGAAUUUUGGCCUGUGGUGGGGAUGGCACGGUGGGCUGGAUUUUGUCUGCUCUUGAUCAGCUGCAGCUAAACCCUUCUCCUGCUGUGGCAGUACUUCCUUUGGGCACGGGAAAUGACCUCGCUAGGACGUUAAACUGGGGUGGGGGUUACACAGAUGAACCUCUGAGUAAAAUCCUAUCUCACGUUGAGGAUGGGAAUAUUGUACAGCUGGAUCGAUGGAAUCUUAUUGUGAAGCCCAACCCAGAGGCGGGGCCAGAGGAAAGAGAUGAGCAGGUGACAGACAAGCUCCCUUUGGACGUCUUCAAUAAUUACUUCAGCCUUGGGUUUGAUGCUCAUGUGACUUUAGAGUUCCAUGAAUCCCGAGAGGCCAACCCUGAGAAAUUUAACAGCCGAUUCAGAAACAAAAUGUUUUAUGCAGGGACAGCGUUUUCUGAUUUCUUGAUGGGCAGCUCAAAAGACCUGGCUAAACACAUUAAAGUGGUGUGUGACGGCACAGAUUUGACCUCUAAAGUGCAGGAUUUGAAGCUGCAAUGCCUGGUCUUCCUCAAUAUCCCCAGGUACUGUGCGGGCACUAUGCCAUGGGGCAAUCCAAGUGAGCAUCAUGACUUUGAGCCUCAGCGUCAUGAUGAUGGCUGCAUUGAGGUCAUUGGAUUCACGAUGACGUCACUGGCUACGCUGCAGGUCGGAGGUCACGGUGAGAGGUUAAAUCAGUGUCGUGAAGUCACCCUCACCACCUUUAAGUCAAUCCCCAUGCAGGUGGAUGGCGAGCCUUGCAAACUAGCUCCAUCUGUUAUUCACAUCUCCUUGAGAAACCAGGCCAACAUGGUGCAGAAAACCAAGAGACGCACAUCAAUCCCACUGCUCAAUGACAGUCAGCAGCCAUUUCCAGAACGAUUACGGAUCAGAGUGAGCCGUAUCAGCAUGCAUGAUUACGAAGCUCUGCACUACGAUAAGGAGAAACUCAAAGAAGCUUCAAUUCCACUGGGUCUCAUCGUUGUCCCGGGAGACAGUGAUUUGGAAACCUGCCGAGCUCACAUCGAGAGACUACAGGAGGACUUUGUGUCGUUUCACCCAUCUCUGCAGCGGAUGGUGCUCCAGGAAGGUGACGAGACCAAAUCAAAGGCUUUGUCGUCUCAGAGGCUGUCGCCAAAAUGGUGCUUUCUCGACUCUACAACAGCGGAUCGAUUCUACAGGAUCGAUCGAGCUCAAGAGCAUCUUAACUACGUGACUGAAAUCUCACAGGAUGAGCUGUUCGUUUUGGACCCAGAGCUAGUUGUCACAGAGACGGUCAGCACAUCGCCAGGCAUGCCAGACCUGGUGAACUCCUCUAGUGAUGCCCCUUCUGAUCCAUGUAAAUUUGCCUUCCCAUCAUCCUCUUCUUCUCCACCAAACUCACCCGGACCCAGGGUUGCAGAGCACCAAAGGAAGCGUGUUUCCAGUGACAGUUCUGUGGCAGAAGCUCUUGCACACAGUGACUCGCUCAGAUCAGCCAAACCAGCUCUCAGCAGGGUGGGGGGUAUUCAUCGCUCAAAUACAACAGCAGCAGAUUUCAAACCUACCAGCAGGUUUGACAAGAGCAACCUGAACGAUGCAAACUCUGUGUCAGCAGACAAUCUAAUUGAAUGUGUGAAGAAGAAGGACCACCAGAAGUUGAAGGAGCUGCAUAAGAGGGGGGCUGACCUGUGUGUGCAGGACCCUGUGGGCCGCACCCUGCUGCACUAUGCUGUGGAAGUGGGCAGUAAAGAGAUCGUCAAAUACAUCAUUGAUAAUGCACCCACUGAUAUCCUGGAUGUAACGGAGAGAGAAAAUGGAGAGACAGUAUUGCACAAAGCGGCCUCGUUGUGUCAGAGGACAAUCUGUCAUUACCUAGUGGAGGAGGGAGCAUCUCUCAUGAAGACAGACUUACAGGGCGACACUCCAAAGCAUCGCGCUGAGAAGGCGAAAGAUGCAGAACUUGCGGCGUAUCUCGAGAACCGCCAGCACUACCAAAUGAUCCAGCGUGAGGACCAGGAGACUGCUGUUUGACCUUUAACCUCUCAACCCUCACCUCAACCGGUGCCCUCCUUUUUGUGCCAAAACAACAGUUACCAAAAAUGUAUCACUAAACCUGUCUUAGGCUCUCUGGACCGCAGGGGGGGUGAUACAUUCCCAGAGAGGGAAGAUGGUUGCACACUUUACAGUCUCUGAAGAGGUCCCAAGCUUUCAUCAUCUUUCUCUGAAUGACCUGUUGGACUUAAUGUCUUUCAUUUCAUCACACUGCCAAAACAUCUUAAGAGUUUGUAUUUAUGAGACAGAAUCCAUAUGUUAAUGCACUCAUCAAGCUUGCUUUUCUAGUUUGACAAUGCUGAAUGUUAAACGAAUAUGAUGAGGAUUUAAAGAUGCAUGGUGAGGUGUCUGUCCCCAGAUUCAUCCCUGUCUGUAAAAGUAUCUGGAGCAUUCACCAUAGCCCUGACUCCACAACUAGGUUCAGUAUUGCUCUGUCAUGGCUGAGCAAUAAUCUGGUUGGUGGUACAGUGCAUUAACCAGAACCAACAUUUCAGUUAGCUGACUUAUUUCCUAAAGACAGUAGAGCCAUUAAAUGACAUGUUGUUAAUGUACAGUAUAAUGUAACUUUUUAGAUUGCCCUGCACUGAAAGAGUUCAGGUUGGUUCAAAGAUAGGAAUGUUCUCUGGGUUCUUGAUCUCAAGUAUCAGAACUAUUUAGAUGUUUUUCAGGUGUGUCAUGGGAAGGAUUUUGCAUUUUCAUAGAUUUCUGUGCUGUUUCUAGUAGCUUCUGUUUAAGAGGCAUUUGCACUGUAGCUUUGAUUGCCUUCUUUAUUCUAUACUCUGGAUUUAUAAUUGUUGUACUAAAAUACAGCUUCUUUCCUACAAUAUUUUUAAGUAAAUAGAUGUUUAUAUAAUUUGUAGCUCUAAAAGAUGUGUGGUCAUGUUUGUAUUAUAAAACUCUGUAAAUUAGACUUUGGUUUAUUGGAGUUGAGAAUAGAUCUCUUUGUGAUUCAGCUAAUUUUUCUUAAAUCUUUGUGAUAAAACAACGCACUCUGUAAGAGUUUAUCGUUUUGUUUCGGUUUUUUUUUUAGUGCUGAUGUCUUUUAGACAUUUAGACGAGAUUCUAGGAUGCUUAUAUAUUUAUUUUCCUAAAUCAUUAUAUAUUGAAAUUCAUUUGGCAUUGAAAGCGUACAUAUUUAAUAAUAUAAGUAAUUUAUGACUUAUUUACAUUAUAGGAUGAAACUCUUCUCUGUCCAGAGAGUUACUACUUCAUCAAUGAUAUGACCCACUUAUUUCAAAGUUCUUUACAAUGUAAUUAUACAGUAUGUAUGUGUAUUCAUAUUUUUAAAUAAGUAACACUGUGUUUGGGUUAACACACUAGCAUCUUUAGUGCUCUUCAUUUGCUGUUGGAAAUGCAUUUUCAGCACUCUUAGUAAUGUUCUUUCUUUGGAAAGUUUGAGUGUUUCAAAAACCAUCUAUCCAUCCAUCUCACCCUUUUACCCAGACAGCUGUUUGACAGGAGCCUUGAUGAACGAGAUUAUAUGAAUGACAUCAUAUGCCAUAAACACUGAACUCACUGAACUCUUUCAAUAAACAUGUGAUAUGUCUUAA